AUGGGGGUAGGGGGCCUUGUGUCCCCUGCUUGGAGUGGAGGCUUGGGAAUUGCCACUAACUACAUUGCAGAGGUUAUGGCUUUAGUUGCAGCUGGAGAAUGGGCAGUAAGUAAACAUCUUCUGAAUGUAAUCUUUAGUUUGGACUCAAAGGAAGUUAUAAUGGCAUUUGCAAGUGGCAAAAUCCCUUGGAUAGUCAGAAACAGGUGGAAAAGAAUACUCAGCUCACUUAACACUAUAGUUUUCAGACACUCCUACAGAGAAGUGAACUUCUCAGCUGAUGAUUUAGACAAAAAGGGUACAAGUCUUAGCAGAGGAGAAGUAGUUUUAUAUGAUGGAAGACCAGUUUUUUGGGAAUAA